AUAGACAACAUGGAGGACUUAGAAAACCUGGUAAACUUGUUUGCAUCCAAUCAGAUGCUUAUUAGAGUUUGGACAGGUCUGUAUUCCACGGGGACCUGGAGCUGGUCCCUGGUAGACAGUCCGGAUGACAGAGAGGGACAGAAAGAGUUCAGGAACUGGAAAGAUGGAAAACCCAGCAUGACUGGAGAACCACCUCUCUGUGCUUCGUUUGACAGCCUCACAGGCUCGUGGGAAGACCAACUGUGUAACACAACAUUGAAGUUUGUCUGCCAAGGAGACACGUUUGUAUACGUCAAUGAAGCAAUGACCUGGACGAGGGCUAAGAGUUACUGCAGGCAGCAACGCACAGAUCUGGCCAGAGUGAGGAGCCAGACUGAGAACCAGCAGAUACAGGAGAUGUUACCUGGAAACACGAAUGUCUGGAUCGGCUUGUUCAAAGAUCCCUGGAAGUGGUCAGAUGGAAGCAAGUCCUCCUUCACAUGCUGGAGUGACAAUCAACCUGAUGAGAAUGGAUUGAUUGGUGAAUGUGUGGCAUCAGUGAUAUAUACAAACAUGCAGUGCAAUGAUUGGACAUGUGAUCAUACCCUUCCCUUCUUCUGCUACAGUGUUGUCUGUGUGUCUCAAGUCCCAGUGCAGCAGCAGGUGGUGAGAAUGAGUCUGACCAGAGAGAACUCUGGUGUGGACCUAGAGGAUCCUGCUGUGAAGGAGGCCAUCUUACAACAGGUCCAGGUGAAGCUGAGAGAGAAGGGGCUGACUGAAGACUUCCAGCUGAGGUGGAGAAAGCAGACAGAUGGAAAGGUCUUCCACAAGGAUGAAGACGAGGAAUAGAAGGAAGAGGAAGCCAGAUCUGACUAAAAGAAACCUUCAUUUUGAAGAUAUGCACAUAAUCAAUACCUGUUUUGUGAUAGAAAAUAGAAUUUUCCCUGUUGAAUCAGAUACUCUAUUUUAAUAUUAUUUUCCCUUUCAACUAGUAGAGAGUAUUUUUGACUGCUAAAUACAUUCAGAGCAUAAUUCUUUCGUAUUACUUUCUCUAAAUGUUAUUUAUAACAAAUGCUUCAACCGAAUUAAUACAUGUAUUUGAGAUUUCUUGUCACAAUUUUACAGAAAUGAUUUACAUUUAGUCAUUUACAUUUAGUCAUUUAGCAGACGCUCUUAUCCAGAAAUGAUUCAUGUCCUGUAUCUUUGAUGACUCCUUUGAUGACUCCUCAAGAUAUUUAGCCUUUUCUG